AUGGCUCCGCAGGACACCUUUUUCCGCUCGGCGGAUAUGAGCUUGACACAGCUCUAUAUUGCCAACGAAAUCGGAAGAGAGGUUGUGAGCGCCUUGGGUGAAGUCGGUCAGGUUCAGUUCCGUGAUUUGAACCCGGACACCAACGCUUUCCAACGCACCUUUACCAAGGAGAUUCGUCGCCUGGAUAAUGUUGAGAGACAGCUCCGUUACUUCCAUUUGCAAAUGGACAAGGCCGCUAUUCCCAUGAGAUCUUCUUCUGAGUUCUCCGAUACAUUGGCUGCUCCCUUGGCCUCCGAGAUUGACGAGUUGGCCGAUCGCAGCGAGAGCCUCGAGCAGCGAAUCGUCUCCUUGAACGAUAGCUACGAGACCCUGAAGAAGCGCGAAGUCGAGCUUAGCGAAUGGCGUUGGGUACUCAGAGAGGCCGGUGGCUUUUUCGAUCGCGCCCACACUCAAACGGAAGAUAUCCGCCAAUCCUUCGAUAACGACGAAGCUCCUUUGCUCCGCGACGUUGAGCAGCAUGCCCCUCGCCAGAACGGGGACACCCACGGCCAGCAGAGCUUCUCCGAGAUGAACAUUGGCUUCGUGGCUGGUGUCAUCCCCCGAGACCGUAUCGGAGCCUUUGAGCGUAUCCUCUGGCGUACUCUCCGUGGUAACCUUUACAUGAACCAGUCCGAGAUCCCGGAGCCUAUCAUCGACCCCGUCACCAACGAGGAGAUCCACAAGAAUGUCUUUGUUAUCUUCGCUCACGGAAAGAACAUCCUUGCUAAGAUUCGCAAGAUCUCCGAGUCGCUCAACGCAUCCUUGUACGGUGUUGACGAGAACAGCGAGCUGCGCAGGGACCAGAUCCAUGAAGUCAACACUCGUUUGGGAGACGUUGGCAACGUUCUGAACAACACCAAGAACACUCUUGAUGCGGAACUCAGACAGAUUUCUCGUUCUCUCGCCGCUUGGAUGAUUAUUGUCAAGAAAGAGAAAGCCGUUUACGAUACAUUGAACAAGUUCUCGUACGAUCAAGCACGGAAGACGCUGAUCGCCGAGGCAUGGUGCCCGACAAACUCCCUUGCUUUGAUCAAGUCUACUCUUCAGGAUGUCAAUGACCGUGCCGGUCUCACUGUCCCCACGAUUGUUAAUCAGAUCCGCACCAACAAGACUCCUCCUACUUAUGUUAGGACCAACAAGUUCACCGAAGCAUUCCAGACCAUCAUGAACGCUUAUGGCAUCCCCAAGUACAAGGAGGUCAACCCUGGCUUGUACGCGGUUGUUACUUUCCCCUUCAUGUUUGCUGUCAUGUUCGGUGACUGCGGUCACGGCCUCCUGAUGACCAUGGCCGCAUCUGCUAUGAUUUUCUGGGAAAAGAAGUUGCACCGGGCUAAGCUGGAUGAGCUGAUGUAUAUGGCCUUCUACGGACGAUAUGUCAUGUUGAUGAUGGGUCUUUUCUCGAUUUAUACUGGAUUUAUCUACAACGAUAUCUUCUCGAAAUCCUUUACUGUUUUCCCCAGUCAGUGGCAGUGGCCAGAGGAAAUCCAGCGCGGCCAAAUGGUCGAAGCGACCUUGAAAGAAGGAUAUCGUUUCCCCUUCGGUUUGGAUUGGAACUGGCAUGAAGCAGACAACUCUUUGCUCUUCUCCAACAGUAUGAAGAUGAAGAUGAGUGUUCUCCUCGGUUGGUGCCACAUGACCUACGCACUUUGCCUGCAGUACGUCAAUGGACGACACUUCAAGUCCAAGGUUGACAUCUGGGGCAACUUUAUUCCUGGCAUGCUUUUCUUCCAGUCCAUCUUUGGUUACCUCGUCCUUACCGUGCUCUACAAAUGGUCCGUUAACUGGGGAGAGAAGGGUGUUAAUCCCCCAGGUCUCCUCAACAUGCUCAUCUUCAUGUUCCUGAGCCCCGGUACUGUUGAAGAACAGCUCUAUCCUGGACAGGCAACUGUACAGGUUAUGUUGCUCCUACUUGCCGUGGCCCAGGUGCCUAUCAUGCUCUUCCUCAAGCCGUUCUGGCUCCGCCAUGAGCACAACAAGUCUCGCGCUCUUGGUUACCGUGGCCUUGGCGAGCAAUCCCGGGUUAGUGCUCUCGAAGACGAUGAUUUGGACGGCGGCCUCGGCAACCGUGACAGCCUUGCCAGUGAUGGAGAGGCUGUCGCCAUGAUCGCUCAGGAUAUCCACGAGGGUGAAGAGCAUGAGGAGUUUGAGUUUGGCGAAGUCAUGAUCCACCAGGUUAUCCACACCAUCGAAUUCUGUCUUAACUGUAUCUCUCACACGGCCUCCUACCUUCGUCUGUGGGCCUUGUCACUCGCUCACCAGCAGCUGUCAAUCGUUCUCUGGACCAUGACCAUUGGUGGUGCCUUCGACCAGGAGAGCCCCGUCAUGCGAGUUAUCAUGAUUGUUGUCAGCUUCUAUCUUUGGUUUGUGCUGACAAUUGCCAUUCUCUGUGUGAUGGAGGGAACCAGUGCCAUGUUGCACUCACUCCGUCUGCACUGGGUCGAGUCUAUGAGUAAGCACUUUGUCGGCGAGGGUAUUCCCUUCAUGCCGUUCAGCUUCAAGACUCUCCUCGAGGAUGAUCCUGUCGAUUAG